AUAGAAAAAAGGGUGUAAAAAAAAUUCUUUUUUUUCCGUUACCGGAUCAUAGUGUGUAAUAUACUUAGUUUUUUGGCCUCUUUUUGGAUAAUACAGCAUCUAGAUACAUGUCUUCGAAUUUGGUCUAUCAGUCACGCACUAACCCAUCACUGUACUAAGUUUCAUCAUACGUGUGAUCAAGCCCUGUGCGCAAGGAGUGAAAAUUUUUCGGUUGUGCUCAGUAUUAUUUCCGCGAAGAGUUUUGAUUUCCGCAUCGUGUCAGAGAAAGGGUGCUCCGAAUAUCUCUAACUGACCUCCACGCGGAGUCAUGAUUCUUUUCUCAAUUGUGCGCGUUAGCUGAUACCCUGCCUCAGUCCGAAGGACACAAGCGGGGUUGAUAUGUUUCUGACGUCAUUAGACUCCGACGGCGGAGUCUCUCACCAGACGCUGUGACGUCACCGGGAUGAAGCCCAUCACAUUCGAGAACCUCCGCCGCCUAGUCGGCGGAGGUCGCAAGAAGAAGGAGCGCAAUGAGCCGACGUUCAAGCGCUCCGACUCGUUCAAGCGGAUCUCCAUCCGCAAGAACCACCUAGAGCGCGGCGGCAAGGGGCGGAACCCGCUGUCCCUGUCGCGAGCCAAGGCCGUCAACGUGGACGAGGAGGAGGCGGACGCGAAGAUCGCGGAUCGGCGGACGCCGGAGAUAAAGUCUUCGGCGGCGGAGAUCCUCGGCGCCACGGACUCCCUCGUCAUCGGCUACGGCCAGUGGAUCAAGUGCGUGAAGGCGGAGGAGAACAUGGCCACCUCCGGGAAGCCGCCCACGCCGCCGCCCAAGAAGAAACCCGGCACUCCCUCCGUCGACUCCCUGGAGCUCCUGGACCUGGAGCGCUCCCCGGAGAUCGUGCGGCGGCGGUUCCGGCAGUCGAAGCCCCCGGAGGAGGGCCGCGGGGUCUCCAUCAGCCUCGGGCGCAUCUGGAUGGACGCCCCGAUGGCGAUGGCCAUGGCCUCCGCGCCGCGCAGCCUCGAACUCCCGCGUGUCGCCAACUCCAUCGAGGCCAACCCCAACGGCAACCACCGUGCCCACCACUCCUUGGAGAGCGCCCUCAAGGACAAGAAAGACGAGAAGCCCGCCAGUGGGCGUCGCUACCACCAGUACCCCUCCCGACCCCUGUCGCCCAACACCUUCAUGAUGCCCGUCUGUCGCACCCUCUCGUCGACAACCCCAACUUACUCAACCGGCAAAACAGCGUCAGCCUCUUCCUCCAGAGGAUCGACCGAACUCCUAAGCUCCAGUAAAGACUCGGGGUUCUCAUUCUCCAUCUCCAUCCCACGCCUGUCCGACCUGACGUCUCCGACGAGUUCGUCCGGGGGUUUCUUCCGUCGGAAGAAGGCGCCGAAGAAGGCCGCCGAGCCCAACGCCAGGGGCGCCGUCUCGACCCGCAGAUUAUCGCAUCGCACCAGUUCGCGGCGGAAAAAGCUCGACAAGUGGACUGCGCGCUCCCGGAAAAAAUCGAGUAACGGCACGGCAAAAAGUGAUAUGUACCAGGUAGUCGUCGGGCGGACACCCCGUUCGUUGAAGUCUCUCAAGCUGGACCCGAUGAUCUUCGUGCCGCCGGAGAAGCGGAAGCCCACCAACUCGAUGAAGCGGUGGCAGAACCGCUUCGAGGUCCACGAGGUGCGCGACUACUGCUCGCCGAGGGACGUGAUGGGCUCCCCAGGGUCGGAGGACGAGGACGAGGGGCUCUACGAGUGCAUCGAGAGGGACUCAGACGUGUCCAAGGCGGACGCCGACGUGGAGGAAGGGACGGAGGGUAGCGAGUCCGGAACGGAGCCCGAAGGGGUGGUGCCCUUGAGGCGGGCCCUGAGGGGCGGCGACGACGACGACGCCGACACCGAGGACGCCUACUCGCCGUUGGGCGUCUCGCCGGUGCCCCAGAGGCGCCUCAUCCGCCGGAAGAGGUCCGGUCGCAAGAACGGGAAGUACCUGGCCAAGCCCGUCAUCCAUCGGGCCGCCUCAACGCUCAAAAGGAACCGCAAGCUCAAGAAACAUGUUAACGGUGACAUAACCCAAAAAGGCUAUGAGAAGAAGCGGACGAGACUCCUGGCGCCGUUCGCCCCCAAGCAGACACAAGCCCGGGGCCAGGGACCAGGAGGUGCCCCGCCUGGUGGUCAGGGCGUCCAGGGCUCCCCAGGGAUGCCGCCCCCCUCACACCCACACACCCACUCGAGCCCCGCCUCAAGGGCCCGCCGAAAAGGCAACCGCCGACUCACCAGAAACGAAACCCGCUACCACUCAGAAGUGCGGCAGGAGGCUGUACAGCAAGCGUUGGCUGCCGUUCAAAAUAGACCCAAACAAAUGCCCAUGCCUUCGAAGAGGACUUCAGUCAUGGCACGAAGUCCAGACAGGCAGAGACAUGACUCAGCUUCGAGCUCAGAUGAGGACAGUCUGGGGGAUGGGCAAAGCACAGGGGAGAGUGAAAGACUGAGGGGGACCCAAGGAGGCUUGCACUCAGAUACCAGCAGCACUGGCUCCGCACGGGAAACCCCACCUCAACAACGUCCUUCUCAAAGGCAUAGUAGAUUGCCAAAUGGAGGACCCGGUCACCCAGUUUGGGAGGAGAGAGGAUUGGAUCAUCAGAGAGAGUCACGUGAUGAGCGAUCAAAAAAACCCAAGGACAUAACAGAUUUAGGAGAUAUAGUUCACAUUAGGCCGCCAUAUCCACAACCCCCUGAUGUCACGCAUACUGCUCAGUCUCGACGCUACACAACAGGGGCUGACAGAGUCAACCGCUACAAUCAAGUAUCUAGACAAACCUCUGACGAUGGAAUGAGUACCAUGACAAGCACUGGCCGAUGGAAAGUUUCGGCGAAAAUUCAACAGCUGCUCAACACCCUGAAACGUCCGAAAAGACGUCCGUUACCCGAAUUCUAUGAAGAUGAUGACAUCGAGCUUGAAAUAGCUGCCAACCCCAAGGAUCCAAAUGCUCCAAAACCAGAGGGCACAACCAUGACACCAGCCAUUGGAGAGCAAUUAGUUGUACCGUCUGGGUUACCAAGGAAUUUGGAGGCAGCUGUGCAAAGAUAUGGCUCAGCAACAUUCAAAGCUCCCGUUGCAACUGUCUUAGAUCCGAACGGCAAGCUCAGCAUUACUCUAACUUAUGGUAAACUUUUAAGUCGCUCUCAAAAAGUCGCCUUCACGUUACUAAACAAAUUCUUUGGGAAAGGCAAUGAGACAAGUCUGAAGGUUGGAGAUAGGAUAGCACUGGUCUAUCCAAACAACGACCCCAUUAAUUUUUUAUGUGCUUUCUAUGGCUGUCUCUUUGCAGGCAUUGUGCCUGUUCCAAUUGAAGUUCCUCUCACUAGACGGGAUGCUGGAUCUCAACAAAUAGGCUUCCUGCUAGGGAGUUGCGGAAUCCAAGUGGCGCUUACCUCAGAGGCAUGCUUGAAAGGUUUACCAAAGACAGCCACUGGAGAAGUAGUUGGCUUCAAAGGCUGGCCAAAACUCCACUGGUUUGUGACUGAACACCUAACCAAGGUUUCUAAGGACUGGUCUCCAACCCCUCGACUAACAGAUGACACUGCAGCUUAUAUUGAGUACUCGACUGACAGAGAUGGCUCUGUGAUGGGUGUUACCGUCACAAGGACGGCCAUGUUGAACCACUGUCGUACAUUAACCCAAGCUUGUGGUUACACUGAGGGUGAAGUUAUGGUCUGUGUGCUUGAUUUCAAGCGUGAAACAGGUCUAUGGCACUCAGUUCUGACCAGCGUUCUCAAUGGCAUGCAUGUUGUUUUCAUUCCGUAUGCCCUCAUGAAAGUCAACCCUGCUUCCUGGAUGCAGAUGAUCACAAAAUACAGAGCAAGCAUCGCUGUAGUGAAGUCACGAGACUUACACUGGGGUUUACUGGCGACCAAGGAUCACAAAGAUAUCAGCCUCUCAUCUCUGAGGUUGUUACUAGUUGGAGAUGGAGCAAAUCCAUGGUCACUUUCAUCUUGCGAUCAGUUCCUCAGCGUCUUUCAACCGAAAGGACUGCGACCUGAUGCUGUUUGUCCUUGUGCCAGCUCCUCGGAGUGUCUUACUGUCUCAGUCCGCAGACCUGGGCGCGGAGGAGUGAAUGCUACAGGACGAGGUGUCCUGUCAAUGGCAGGCCUUAGCUACGGUGUGGUGCGAGUCGACCAAGAAAACUCGCUCACCUCACUAACACUACAAGACUGCGGUCAAGUCAUGCCAGGCUGUGUUAUGGUUGUUGUAAAGAUUGAGGGUUCAUCACAUCUUUGCAAGACAGAUGAAGUUGGGGAAAUCUGCGUCAGUUCUGGUGGAACAGGGAAUCAAUAUUGGGGUCUUCCGGGCCUAAGCAAUACAACUUUUAAGGUUCAACCCUUGCUCUCUGACGGUCAGCCUCUAAGUGACCAAGAGUACGUCAGAUCAGGUCUUCUUGGCUUCCUUGGACCAGGUGGCUUAGUUUUUGUUUGUGGUUCUCGUGACGGUCUGAUGACAGUGACCGGCAGAAAACAUAAUGCAGACGAUAUCAUUGCCACCGUCUUAGCAGUUGAACCUAUGAAAUUUAUCUACCGUGGGCGAAUAGCUGUAUUCAGCAUACGUGUUCUUCGUGAUGAGCGGAUAUGUGUCAUUGCAGAGCAGAGGCCCGACUGCAGCGAAGAAGAGAGUUUUCAAUGGAUGUCUCGAGUGCUCCAAGCAGUCGACUCCAUUCAUCAAGUUGGACUCUACUGUCUGGCCUUAGUCCCUCCGAACCACUUACCAAAAACACCACUGGGCGGUAUACACCUCUCUGAGUGCAAGCGGAGGUUUUUGGAAGGAACGCUCCACCCUGCAAAUGUUCUGUUGUGCCCUCACACUUGUGUUACCAAUUUGCCCAAACCCAGGGAGGUCCACUCAGUGGGUGGUAAUGUUGCAGACAUAGGUCCUGCCUCAGUCAUGGUUGGCAACAUUGUUCAAGGCAAUCGACUGGCAGCAGCUCAAGGCAGAGAUAUGGGCAUGUCGGACGAAGAUUCAGAUGCUAGUCGCAAGUAUCAAUUCAUAUCCGAAAUUCUGAAAUGGCGAGCACAGAGUACGUCAGAUCAUGUGAUAUUCACUCUUUUAAACGCUAAAGGUGCUACUGCAGCCACUCUCUCCUGCUCUCAGCUUCAUAAACGAGCAGAACGCGUUGGAUCACUGCUCUUAGAACGUGCAAAAAUCAACACUGGUGAUCAUGUAGCGCUCAUCUUCCCACCAGGCAUCGAUCUCAUUUGUGCAUUUUAUGGUUGUUUAUAUGUUGGUGCUGUACCUGUGACCAUUAGACCACCGCAUCCGCAGAAUCUACAAACCACGUUGCCUACCGUUAGAAUGAUCGUAGAUGUUAGCAAAUCUGUUUUAGUUCUAUCAAAUAUGAGUGUAAUCAAAUUAAUGCGAUCAAAGGAAGCCAGUAGUUUUGUGGAUGUCAAAUCGUGGCCUCCAAUUUUAGAUACAGAUGAUAUGCCCAAGAAGAAACUUACCGCCAUGUACAGAGCUCCAACCGCGGAAAUGCUUGCCUAUCUUGAUUUUAGUGUAUCAACAACCGGCAUGUUAGCUGGCAUUAAAAUGUCGCAUGCUGCUGUAACAUCGUUGUGCCGAGCAAUGAAGCUGGCUUGCGAGCUGUAUCCCUCACGCCACAUCUCCCUUUGUCUAGACCCGUAUUGCGGCCUAGGCUUCGCACUCUGGUGCCUCUCAAGUGUUUAUUCUGGUCAUCACUCCAUCCUCAUUCCACCCUCGGAGGUUGAGGUCAACCCUGCUCUUUGGCUCUCGGCUGUUAGUCAAUACCGAGUGCGAGACACAUUCUGCUCUUAUGGUGUUAUGGAACUGUGCACGAAAGGGCUUGGCUCUUCAGUAGGACAGUUGAAAUCACGAGGAAUCAGCUUAUCUUGCGUGCGAACGUGCGUUGUUGUAGCUGAAGAGCGACCACGCAUUGGUUUAACCACUAGUUUCUCUAAAUUAUUCUCUGCACUGGGGCUUAGCCCUCGAGCAGUUUCCACAUCCUUCGGCUGCAGGGUUAACAUUGCCCUAUGUCUUCAGGGUGCAUCUAGUCCUGAACCUUCUUGUGUAUAUGUUGAUUUACGUGCAUUGCGGAAUGAUCGUGUUUCACUGGUUGAGCGAGGCAGUCCUCACUCUCUUUGCUUACUUGAAUCUGGAAAACUUCUACCUGGCGUCAAAGUCAUUAUCGCCAAUCCUGAAACAAAAGGACAGUGUGGAGACUCUCAUUUAGGAGAGAUCUGGGUUCAGUCCCCUCACAAUGCCAGUGGUUACUUUUCAAUCUACGGUGAAGACGGUGAGUGCAAUGAACAUUUCAACGCCCGGCUAGUGACAGGCAACACUGGAGAGGUCUACGCUCGAACAGGCUACCUUGGUUUCUUACGCAGAACAGAACCUCAAGCAAUUACGAGUGUCACACACAGCGAAGUUACAAACUUAUCUGCUUCUGAUCUUUCUCUGGCCUCUCAGCCAAUACAACCUCCUGACUCAGCUGAAUUACAUGAUGCAGUGUUUGUGGUGGGUGCGCUCGAUGAAACCAUUAUGUUAAGAGGCAUGCGGUACCAUCCGAUAGAUAUUGAAAAUAGUGUCAUGAGAUGUCAUAAGAAAAUUGCUGAAUGUGCUGUGUUCACGUGGACAAACUUGCUUGUGGUAGUCGUCGAGUUGGAUGGCAACGAAAGUGAAGCCCUAGACCUUGUUCCGCUAGUCACAAACAUUGUUUUGGAGGAGCAUCAUCUCAUCGUUGGAGUAGCAGUCGUUGUUGACCCUGGAGUGGUACCAAUCAACUCUCGAGGAGAAAAACAGCGCAUGCACCUGCGAGAUGGUUUCCUAGCGGACCAACUAGAUCCAAUCUACGUCGCAUACAACAUGUAAAAUUUGCCUCUCAUAUAUAGUAGAAGGUCUUAGUUAACACAAAUCACAGAACGUGUUGCAAAAAGCAGAAACGCUUAAUUUUUUGAAGCUUUGAAAAUAUAUUAAAACUCAAUCACAAGCAAAAUGCAUGGCAGUUUUGAUGUUUAAUGCUAUAUUCUACUUGUCUGAAGAAAGUGCAACUUGGUUGUACUUAUCAUUCAAAUAGGACUUGAAUAUAUCACGGUUUAAGUUGUCACGGUAUAAUCAACAAAUAGUUGUCAUUCAGAGAAUUUAAAUUUCAAAAACGCUGUUGGUGGGAGGCAACUCUAAAAGGUAAAGGAACCAAAUUAAAGAGGAGUUUCAUUUGUUAAAAUCAGAAAUAUUCUCACUGGCUGUUGGUUGGGUCUUUUGUUCUUUUCGCGAAAAAUAGAAAAUGAGCAAACUCGGUUGUUGAUUCUCAUGGCUAUUUUCAUCGCCUUGUAGUAACAUUACCUUUUAUCUGUGAGUGACUAAAGAAACCAUGUCUUCUGUUUUAAAUUAAAAACUCGAUUUGCUCUUUUGGCUCCUCUAUUCCAAAACAUUACUUUUAAAGAUGACUUGGUCUUUAUUUUUGACUGUCAGAGGUGAAAUUAUGUUGAUGUUAUUCUGUGUCAGUCAAGUCUGAUCUGUUUAUCUCUUCUUUCUCUUUUUGUUAUUGUUUUAUACUGACUGUGCUCAUAGCUCAUAGUGUUGUUCACCAGUAAUUUGUUUGUACUUUGUACUUUGUAAUUAUGAUUUUUGUUGUUUUUAAAAUUUGACUCGACAAGGGUUUGAUCGCUUGUUGGAUGUAUUUCCUGCAAUUUUACUUACGUGACUUGUAUUGCAGUUAUUUUGUAGAUAUGACAAAAGAAUCAUCAAAAAUUGAUGUUUUCUCAGUCAAUGAUGAUGAAUCAAACUUAUCUAAGACCAUGCCUGUGGUGUCUCAACAAUGGUUAAAUGCUUGUUUUUAUUUUUAAUGUUUCAACAAAAUCUUUCGACUGAUAUGUUUGGGCAAACACAUGUUUUCCUAUAUUCUUAAAUGCUUUUGCCAUCAUUUAGGUAUCGUUUUAGUGUUAAUUUUUUUCAAUUGGAGAGGAGUUCAUGUAGAUGACCGUAACAUGCUUUUGACCAUCAACAACUGAUUUUUUUUUCCCACAUAAUCUUUUGUGCUAAGACUGCGCAAAGUUUUCUGCUUUGAGUUUUUGAUUUUGUUAUUCUUAAAUAUUUUACUUUUAUCAGAGUGAUAUCGGAAUCUAGUUCUGAGUUAAUAUGAGAGAUCUCUAGGGAAGAUGUUGUCAAUAAUUAUGAGUAUAAUUCUCUUAUCUUUUCCAUUUGGCGGAAGGUCUGACUUCUGUACAUUUAAUCAGAACUUCGAAUCUUUACUCAAGAAUUUUCAAGCCAUUUACUCAUCAUUCUGGUAAGCAUCACAUAAAAACUGAAAAGCAAGUAAUUUUUCCCUCCUCGAAACUUCUUCGUGGUUCACCUAAUUUAUUAGUUUAUUUUGCAUCACUUUGUAUAUAGAUUUCAAUCUCUCAAUUGUCCAAGCAAUUAUUUUGUGAGAAGAAAUAAAUGAAAAGUCGCAUAGUAACAGCUUGUUACAUAUGUUAAUAGCGUUUUUUAAAAAUGAUAGCGCAGAUUGUUUCAAACAUAACUUUGGCUUUGCCUACCUAGGUUUCCUUGUACCUAACUGUGGCCAUAUUAUUAUCCAUCGAAAUUUAGUAAGAGUUUGCCAGUGUGAACGGAGCCCAAUGGCUGGCAUGGGCAGUAGAGUUCAAUUACUUUAAUACCGAAUUUAUGCUUUCAUUGUUGGAGGUUUGCUCUUUGCCAUUUUUCAUGGUCUUUUGUAGUUGACAAGCAAUGUGGAAAGUUUGAACCAUUUUGUAGAUUUUUUUCCUUGACGUAACAUUUUUUAAAUUGUUUCAAAGACAUGGUAAUUGUUUUGUCGUUACAAGUAGAGGUUAGGUUAGGCAAUGUUGUAGAGUGGGUAAAAUCAAUGUCUUUUUUUUGUCCUGAUGCUCCUUUUUUCUUGCAGAGUAUGAGUUUUUGCUGGUUUUACCAUCAGCUCAAAUUACUCCGUCUCCCUGACGUUUUGUGUGUCCAUCCACAAAUAUUUUGAGAAUUUUGCUCAAGUGAAUUUAAAAACUCACGACCAUUUGCAGCCAAUGAACCUUCGCCAAACUUUGAAUUAAGUCCAUCUCAUGUGCUAUACUUUAUUUCAUCGCUUGAAGUUCAUUUUAAUUUGCGUGCAAUUUUUCCCCCCUCAUUACGCGAGGUCCAUAAUCCUGAUGAAGGCCGAGCUUGACAUGUACCUUAUUUUACGUACAACAAUCAAUUAGUGCCGAAUUUCUUAAGGUUGUAAAAGUCAUUGCCAUGUUUGUGAAAUGCAACAUUUAUCAAAUUAAUCAGUUACCAUUCUGCAUAUUGAAGGGGGAAAAAUAAGACAGCAAAGGCAGAAAAAAUAAUGCAGGAUCAUCGUGCUGCUUUAAGAAACUAAUGACGCAGACUUUUUGCAACCUGCUUUGUCAGAACUUAGUGCAAUAUCGACGAGUCCAAGUGUUUCCUAUAAGUUUGUAUCGUACCCAUUUACUUUUAAUAUUCAUACUUUUUUUUUUUUCAUUAUUGUAAAGGUAAUUUUUUACGCUUUUGUGUAAAAAUCACAAAAUCCAAUGAAAUUUUAUUCACUUGCAUAAAACCUUUUAAGGAUAACUCAGAAAUUUAACAAGGAAGGAAAAAGAGACUAUAAUAAAAUUUUGAACAAAAUUAUUGUUACUUUGUAGUGGUCUCAGUAAUAUUAAUUUUGAAUUCGUAUGCCUUUUUAUCAGCAGAUAUUUUUUUCUGUACAGGAUUAUUUUGUAGUUAGAACACAAUUGUAUUUUGGCAUAUAUGUUACCUACCAAGUGUGUGCUUUUAUGUAUAUGUGUGUAAAGUAAUCCAUGUUUUAUCAAUGAAUGUUGGUGUACUUUUUUCACAUCUAUGUGGAAGUAUCAGAUCCCCCAUUUAAGUCUAAAAACAAGAUGAUGUGUUUUCUCCUCUAUUUUCCUUCCUUUUAUUCUAUGUUAUUCACAAACCCUAAGUGCAUAAAAUGAAAUGAUGGAACUUCAUUCAACAGUGGUAGAUAAUAGAGACUGCUGUUUUUUUAUCCGUUCGUUCUUCUUUUUUCAAUCAAGUAAAACAUUUUCCUGAAGACAGUCAUUUAUUAAGAGGACAUAUCCAGUCAUAAUUCUAAUACCGUAAUAUGAGGAUGUAGACAAUAAUUGAUGUAACACUAUUUUAUGUAACCAUUGUUUGAUAACAAGUAAGAUAAAUGGUGAUUCAUGAGACUCCUCCAGAAAAUUCCUUUUUCAGUUCUUCCCCCCUAGAUUUAUCUACCCGUGUAUCUUCUGUUGAUUCUGUUUACCAUUCCAACUGACAGAUAUAUUUGAGAAUAUCCUCAUCAUGAGAAGUUAACAUAAAAAUUAUUUUUAGGAUAUUGAGGCAAUUCCAAUGUGAAAGUCGCUGCAGAAGUGGAAGCAAUAUCCGAAACGUAGAAUUUAUAAAGUCAGGCCUUCGCAUUUCUGUAGGAACAUUUUAAUAAGUAGCUGUUGAAUAUCAAACUUUGAAGUUAAUUAGAUUUUCAGUAGAUAACUACCAGGUAAAAGUGAAAUAACUGUAAUCUUUUCGUUUUCCUUUACAAAGUAUCUAAGAAGUUAAAAUUGUCAUCAUUCUUUUUAAAAACAGAAUGAAAAAUUAAAGCAAAAAUCAGCUCAACAUCAUUAUACUUAAAAUUUAGUAAAUCAUUUAGCACUAACUAUAAGUUUGCCAUUAGAAAUUGGUUUCUUCUCUUCAGUUUUGGUUUAAUCCAGUGUUUCUCUUUCAAUAACUUGUUUACAUUCAUCUUGAAUUAUAUCCCAUAGUAUUAUUUUUUGGCAUAAUCUACUUUCAGGCAGGCUAUCUGUGCCAACUUUUAUCUACAGCAUUUGAUUUCCAUUCCCAAAUUGGUGUUAAUAAACGUUUUACAAAGUUGAGUCUUUUUAAAGGUUUGAAAUUUUUCAGUUAUUAAGUUAUUCAGUUUCUAGCAACUCUUUCAUGGCUUUGCCCCAAAACUUUUUCCUCCAGUACAUUUUUUAAAGCCUUUAAAAACAUGACGAGGAAGAUCUUACGUGCAACUAAAGUAAGCUUAUGUUUGAGUGGAAGAAGAGGAAUCACUGCCGUAACAGUAGGAAAAUAGAUAAUGUUAUGAUUUUUAUUUUAUUCACUUUUUCUUAGUAUAAUUAUAAUUUUUUACUUCAAAUUUUCCGUAACUUUUUAUAUGUUUUUGCCAACCAUAUGAAAUUACCAGGAAAUAUGGGAAAUUUACUUCUACACUUCGUAGAAGAAGUUUUAACGCAUGUGCAUCAAAACUUGUUGAAUUGGAGCACACAUACCGUAAUGGGUCUUUUAAUAUUCAACUUUAGUAAGUCCCCUACCUAUCUCAUAAGAGAAAAAUCCAGCUUUGCAAAAAGUUUUUAAGGCAACACUGUAUAAAAGCAUGUCUGGCUCAAUAGAAUAUAUUCUUUGUACAUAUUGCACAGUAGUGUCAUCUGAAUAUGUAUCUAUUUGUAUUUCCACUUUCUUAUUAUUUUUGUCUAGUUUUUGUAUUGCGUUUGUUCUAGAAAUUUGUGAUAUUUGUGAUGAGAAAUUUAGGUAUUAAAAGUAGAGUACCGUAUGAAUAUAUGGAUGAAUUUAUGUACAAUCUGCAUUGUAUCUGUGGAGUCCUCUGAUAUGAUUUGGAGGCGAAUUUGUAACUAAGUUGUGAAGUAGAGCUUUAAGGUUUACAUUUAUUAUUCCCAACAUAGUGAUAUGGUUAUGUCUUUUAAAUUCAUAAAUUGUGCCAGAAAAAUUUGUAUUAUAAAUAUUGAAUAAAAUAUUAAUUGAUUUCCUAA